AUGGUAUUUGGACCAAUCUCAGGCAAACUCGGAAGUUUGAGAUCAGAACCCUACCCUGUCUCUCCUGGAACUGGACAAGUUUGCCAGUUUUUUAAGAAAUCAGGCUGGUGCAAAUGGGGAGAUGAAUGCCGAUAUCAACACGUUCAUGGACCAGAAACUCCCGUUGGGGUGAGCCCAACAGUUGAGAAAUCUGGUGAGGUGUGCCAAUUCUUUACAAAAUCAGGUUGGUGCAAAUAUGCCGAUAAAUGCAAACAUGAGCACAUUGAUGGAAAUGAAAUAACCGUUCAACGUGAGCCGUGCAAUUUUUUUGCCAAAUCGGGCUGGUGUCAAUAUGGUGAUGGCUGCAAGUAUGAGCACAUCAACGGCCAUGACACACCCAUCGUCGCAAAAACCAAUGGUUUGAGCCAACCUGAUGAAGUGUGUCAAUUCUUUGGCAAGGCCGGAUGGUGUAAAUUUGGUGAUCUUUGCAGAUAUCAGCACAUCUUUGAGGGUGCUGAAGCUCCACAGGAAAAGUCUGGAGAAAUUUGCCAGUUCUUCACAAAGUCCGGAUGGUGCAAAUAUGGAGACAAUUGCAAGCAUGAACAUAUUGGCGAAGCUAGACCCAAUGAAUCCAACGGAGGGCCUCGAGAGGCCUGCCAGUUUUUCUCCAAGUCAGGUUGGUGCCAGUAUGGAAACAGCUGCAAAUAUCUGCAUCUACCAGGAUCAGGUCCAGUGGCACCAGGAAACCCUAGAAGUGGCCCAGGCCGUGAUCAAGAAACUUGUCAGUUUUUUGCAAAGAGCGGCUGGUGCAAAUACGGUGACGCAUGCAACUUUAUUCACAUAGGGAAGCCCAAGACAAACCUCCAAACUACGGAGCUAUCUGGGGCGCAAGUACAAGCAGCUGCUGCUGCACUCAUGGAAACACCCGGCAUGCAGAAGGCCGAAGCAAUGGCAUUAGACCUGAGCGAGGAUGCUGUGAAAGCGCUUCUCACACUCCCAUCCAUGCAUGCCUCUGAGCUGUUGGAAACAGUUGCGGAGAAGCAUGAGACCCUCCGGGAUCCUUCUAACUAUGUUGUGUCUACUAUUGCCAGGGGUAACAUGUUCUGGCGAAUAGCAUGUUUUCUGGCUCUGAGCAGCGCUGUACUUGUCAAGCCUCCCUUCAGAGAGGGUUCCUUGCACGAGCAGAUGCACUCGAUGAUGACGGAGGGCAAGGAUGGAGAUGCUCCAUGGAAAGAGAGUUCAAUGAUUGGCAAUGAUGACAUUAGCGACGACGAUCCGUACAUGAAGGAAGCUGCUGAUGGAUUGUCAAAAGCCCUUGGCCCCCGCUGGGACAAGAAAACUUUGGAGGCAGAUGCCAACCGAAAGACUCGUGCGCUGCUCAAGGUGUGCACGCUGUACUGCCUGCAACAUGUGGAGGGCAAUUGA